AUGGGAACGUCCUCAGGCCUGGGCUCUGGGGCCCUGGGCUUCCUCCUGCACCUGGGGCAGCUGCUCUCCGCCUGCCUGCCCUCCUGGCUGCAUGGACACUGGAGUGAGUGCGCAGGUAACUGGUCUGUGUUCCGGUGGUGCUUCUGCUCCGGUGGCACCCUCACCGUCUUCAUGGUGGAGCUGUGUGGGCGCCAAUCCCACUUCCCCUUGUCCUGCUACGACGUUCUCUACCACUGUGCCUUCUAUUUCACCCUAUUCUGUCUCCUUGCCUCCAUUAUUUUCACCACCAACUAUGUUCGGUUCUUGCCUCAGAGCCACACCCGGAACCAGGCCAUCGCCGCCACUGCCUUCUCCUGCAUCAGCACCAUUAUCAACUGCCACAGCCGUUUCCAGUACACGUCUGCCACGGGAGAUAAAGACCUGACACAUAUUGGUUUGCACACUCUCCAUCUCCUGUACUACGGUAGUUCUCAGUGGGUGGUGCACAGAGAGAGGGGCGGGGCGCGGAGAGCACCUUUGAUGGAGCCCAAGAUGUCAAGGGAGCAGAAGGGAGAGCUCCGUGUCCACCCAGUGGACAUCCCAGAAGAGGGGGCCUUGUGUGUCACGUGCUGCUGCCUUCGCCUGCCACAGCUCUUCUCCACCUGCGGAGCUUCCUCCCUGGUGACUGACAUGGGCGUUGGAAAGGGGGCCAUAGGUAACCGGUCCCUGUGCAUCUGGGGCUUCUGUUUCGCUGUGACCCUUGUCACCUCCAUCGCUGAGUUAUGUAAGGUCCAGUCCCGCUUUCCUUUCUUGUGGAACAACUUUGCCAUCACCUAUGCCUGCUACUUGGCCCUGGUCUGCCUCUCGAUUUCCAUCACCUACUCCGUCACUUGCAUCCAGUCCUUCCCUUAUGGUCCUCACCAAGACCGGGCUGUCACCACCACUGCCUUCUCUUGCCUCACAUCUGUGCUGUACGCCAUGGAAGUGGCCUGCACGUGGAGUGGCUACAAGAUCACAAAUACCACCUGCUAUGUCCUCACCGUGCCAGGCCUGCUGAAGGUGCUGGAGACCUUCAUGGCUGGUGUCAUCUUCGCCUUUCUCGGCAACACCUCCCUGUACCUGCACCAGUCGGCCCUGGAGUGGUGCGUGGCCGUGCACUCCAUCUGCUUCAUCCUGGCAGCAGUGACCCCCUGUUUAAUUAACAUGGGUGAAUGGGAACACAAGCCGCCUGUUGAGGCUGUGAUCGCAAUACUCUCUGUCCUCCUCUAUGUCAGCGCUCUGGUCCUCUGGCCGCUCUACCAGUUCAGCGAGGAGCUCGGCGGGCAGCCCCAGAGGCCCAGGGAUGGGGACUGCAGGGACAACCUCACCUAUGACAUGUGCACCUGGGACGAGCGCCCGGCUAUGGCUGUCCUGACAGCCAUCAACCUGCUGGUUUACAUGGCCGACCUGGGGUACUGGGCCCGCCGUUCUGUAGGGACUGAGGACCAGCCUGGGGACUCCUGA